GACAAAAGCCAGAAGUGUACAAGCCCUGCCCAACUUUCUUGUUUCCACUGAAGAAGCAGAAGUGAUCUCAAGCCUAGAGCUCAGCCAAGGGCUAUUCCUCUCCGGAGCAGUGAGUGCAUCCAGUGAAUACAGGUUUUCAGUGUCUAUAUUUGCUUGAAGUCAUGGGUCAACAGUUCUCUUCUCCUAACAAUGAACACCACCAAGAUUUGACCUACAGCUUUGCUGAGUAUUUUAAGAAAUUUAAGACCGGAAACAAAAUCAUUCCUCAGGAAAUCAUCACUUCGAUUGAAUCAAGCAUGACAAACGGGAACAUACAGGGGGCAAACUCUGCAAUCAGUGAUGCAUUAAAAGAAAUCGAUAGUACCCCGCUCAACAUUGCUGUCACUGGGGAGCCUGGGUCAGGGAAGUCCAGCUUCAUCAAUACCCUGAGAGGCAUUGGGCAUGAAGAGGAAGGUGCAGCUCAAGUUGGGGUGGUGGAGACAACCAUGGAGAGAUAUCCAUACAAACACCCCAAUAUGCCCAAUGUGGUUUUUUGGGACCUGCCUGGGAUUGGAACCAUAAAUUUCCCACCAAAAACUUAUCUGGAGAAAAUGAAGUUCUAUGAGUAUGACUUCUUCAUUAUUGUUUCAGCCAUACGCUUUAAGAAAAAUGAUAUAGACCUCGCCAAAGCAAUCAGCAUGAUGAAGAAGGAAUUCUACUUCGUGACAACAAAGAUGGACUCUUACUUAAGAAAUGAAGAGAUAUGCAAACCUCAAACCUUUGACAGAGAAAAAGUCCUGCAGGACAUCCGCCUUAACUGUGUGAAGAAAUUUAAGGAGAACGGCAUUCAAGAGCCACCAAUCUUCUUGAUCUCUAACAUAAAUUUUUGUGACUAUGAUUUCCCAAUCCUGAUGGACAAGAUAAUAAGUGAUCUUCCUGUAUACAAGCGGCACAAUUUUAUGCUCUCCUUACUCAAUAUUAUAGAUUCAGCCAUUGAAAAGAAGCGACAAUUUUUAAAGCAGAAGAUUUGGCGUGAAGCCUUUGCAGCUGACCUACUAAGUAUCAUCCCUUCACUGACCUUACUCUUGGACAAUGAUUUGGAGAAUCUGAAGAAAAGCAUGAAGCUCUAUCGAACUGUGUUUGGAGUGGAUGACACAUCUUUGCAGAAUUUGGCUAGGGACUGGGAAAUGCCGGUGGAUCAGGUGGAGGCCAUGAUGAAAUCUCCUAAUGUGUUCAAACCUACAGAUGAAGAAACAAUACAUGAAAGGCUUUCAAGAUAUUUUCGGGAGUUCUGUCUGGCUAAUGGCUAUUUAGUUGCUAAAAAUCUUUAUCUUAGAGAAAUAUUUUACCUGAAAUUUUAUUUCCUUGACAUAGUGACUGAGGACUCUAAAACUCUUCUCAAUGAGAUAUGUUUAAGAAACAAGUUGAUUUCUAAUUAGGCUGAAGUCCUGUGUCUGUCAAAAAAUCAGAAUCGAUAACAGAAAAAUAGGACACUGAUACUGUAAAACUAUAUACUGGGUUUAUUCAGGGUAUUCAGGUGUUAUCCAUAUUAAGUGAUUAUAUAUCCACAUUAGAUGUAGCAAGGGGAUCAGAUAUGUAUAAAUAAGCUGAUAGCCAAAACCUAUCUCCUCACUUUGAGUAAAUUCUCAGAUCAACUAAUUUUACUUAUAUUUAAAUUUGUUUCAUAUAAAUCAACAUCCAUGUUCAGGGUUAGCAUUAUGGUGGUAAGUAUUGUCAACUCAACAGACUAGAGUCAUAUGAAAGGUAAGCCUAUAGGCUUGCGAUUGGGAAAUUAUUUUACUUAUGUUAAUUGAGGUAGGAAGCCCUUCCCACUGUGGGUGGCACAAUUCUCAAGGUGGCAAUUGCCAACUGUAUAUAUGGAGAGAGGGGCUAAGAGGUAGCAUACUUCCAAUCUUUCAUAGCUCUCUGGUUUGUUUUUUGUUUUGUUUUGUUUUGUUUUGAUUUGAUUUGAUUUGUUUUGUUUUGUUUAACUGUGGAUGGAGUGGCACUAGCUUGCCUCAAUCUACUGCUGUGACUUCUACUUCUUGAAAAUGACCUUCUUGAUAAUAACCUUGAACUUGAUACUAUAGACUCUCUUGAUAAAGAUAUUAAAGGAAAAAGCAUAACUGGGCUGGAGAGAUAGCUCCGUAGAUAAAGUAGGCCUUGCAAGUCUGAAGACCUGAGUUCAGACUCCCUGAACGCACACAAAGCCAGCUAAGCAUCUGUAAUUCAUGUACUUAAGUGGUGAGAUGGGAAACAGAAAGAGGAAAACUUUAGAAGAUCAUGGGGCCAGCUAUCCUGCCAUAUGCAGCAAUGAGUAAAAGGCCCUGACCCAAGCAAGUGGAAGAUAAAAGCCAACACGAAAGCUUGUUCUCUGAUCUCUGCAUACAUGCUAUGUAAUGUUCAUGCCUUCUAUCACACAUGGAAAUGCACACACACAAAAACUUUUUUUCAGUUAAAAAAUAGAAGGAAGGUUUGAGGCAGUAGCUCAGUGAUAUAAUACUUGCCUCAUAUUCAUGAGGCCUCAAGUUCAAUCCCUAGCACUCCAGAAAAAAAUUCAGAAAGAAAUAAAGAGGGGGAUAUACAAGGGUGGGUUCAAGGUUAAUAGAGACGGCUCAGAGAUUAAGAACACUGGUUGUACUUGCAUAGGACCAGGAUUCAAUUGCCAGAACCCACAAAGUAGCUCACAAUUGCCUACAACUCCUGUUCCAGGGAGUCUGAUAUCAUUUCCUGACCUCCACAGAGACUAGGCACUCAUGUGGUAAACAGACAUACAUGUAAGGCAAGCAUUCAUACUAUAAAAGUAAAUUAAGAAAAAAAUUAAAUAUAUGAUUAAAUUAAAAAGGGAGAGAGAAACAAUAACAUAGAGAUCACAAUAACCUUAAUAAUGACUAAGAAUAUAAAAAAUAAAAAAACAGAAUCCUAUCUAGUCAGAAUCCUUAAGAAAAUGCUAAAGAGGCUCUCUAAUUCUAUGCCAGAACAAGGGAGAUGAUGAAAUUUCUCUGCUCUAUAAUGAUUGGUGUUUUGAAUGCUGUGAUAGUAAAUACCUGCUCUAUUCCACAUCAACACCUAAAGUCAUUUAAUAAAUUAUUUAUGAAAAAAAAA